UAUUCACUAUUGUUCCUCCACAGGGACAAGAUCGUCCCCCUGAAGGACGCUGCCUCAGCCUCCUACGAGGACCUCCCAAAAUCAUGGGACGCCCUUGAUGACUAUGAUGACGAUGACAAUGACGAUGACGAUGACGAAGAUGACGAGUACUACGACGAAGAGGAAGACGAGGAAUACCUGCUGGAGGAUGAGGACGAUGAUAAUGAGAAGUCUGAAUAUGGGUCAAAACAGCAGCAGCAGCAGCAGCAGCAGCAGCAGGAGCAACAACAACAACAGCAGCAGCAGCAACAACAACCACAACAGCCACAGCCACAGCAACAGCCACCACAACAGCAGCAGCAACAGCCACAGCAGCAGGAACAGCAGCAGCAGCAGCCACAAGGGGAGAAAGCAGGGGAGGUGGUAGGGGACCAGCACCUCAACCGACGCCCCUUCGCUGAGAAACAGUGUCCGUCGUGUCCUGUGGUUGGUCCAGUAUUCCUGUGUGGCUCUGACAACCGCACCUACUCAUCCACGUGUCGUCUCAACUACCACAACUGCAUACACGACGCUAACGUCCACAUCGCUUGCAAAGGAUUCUGUCCCUGUAAAGACACCAACUCGCACACAGCCAAGAAGGAACGACAGCGAGAGAGACAUGACGCCUACCUCAGCAAGCUGCGAGCUACCAAGAAUGAGCCUGUGGCUGAGGCGCUCACUUCUGAUACCGCCUCUUCCUCCUCCUCUUCCACAGCCUCCGUCUCCUCCUCCAGCAGGCCAGAAGACAGGGACAACACAACGCGCGGACGGCUGCGAGAGGCACAGCAACAGACGCACAACAGAGACAACGGCAACAGGAGGGACAAACACAACAGGGAGGGUGAUAAAUUCACUAACAGAGUUCGUAGUCGUCUCACAAGAGUCAAGAACAAUUACAAAAAGAAUAAUGACCACGAAAAGAGCAGCUACAAGAAAUACAAUGACAAAUACGAAAAAGAAAACUACAGACAGAUGGACAAAUACAAUGUACAGAGGCGACAGUGGUCUCGGCGCACCAACGAAGCGACACACAAACCUACAAACACAGUGUGGGGACCAAAUGAGUGCACUCAGGACGCACUAGAGGCCAUGGGUAACCGCAUGCUCGACUGGUUCUCCGUCAUCAUGGCCGACGCUCGCAGCCGAUCCAAGGCUGUCACUAAAGCUCCAUCGUGGUGCAAGCCAGAGGUUUCGUGGAUGUUGGGUCACCUGGACAGUGACGGUGAUGGUCGCCUCAGUGUGAAGGAACUCUACCAACUGGAACAUGAUGACCACGAGCGAUGUAUUAAACCUUUCAUUGAUCGGUGCGACCUGGACAGGGAUAUCUUCCUAUCGGCACGGGAAUGGUGCAAGUGUUUCGACAAGUCAGAGCGGCCGUGUGCUGCUCUCCGUAAAGCUAGCAAGGGCUUGCUUGGGGGUUACAUCCCAGAGUGUGACAGCGAGGGUUACUACCAAGCGACACAGUGCCAUGCCGGAGCAGGAGUUUGCUGGUGCGUGGACAGGCACGGCGUCGAACUGCCCAACACACGUACCCGGGGUACCCCUAACUGUGAAGCGCUAGUGAACAGCGAGGAAGUGAGUAACUACGUUGAUGACGAUGCGGAGGAUGGAGACGACGAGGUGGACAUCGUGGAGGGCAGCGCUGACAUGCCACUUGACAUCUAAGCCAGAGCACUACCUCACUUCCUGGCUGCUUACACCGCCCCAGCUGCCAUCGUUGCUUCCUGCCAACAUUACACGACACCAUCACACCGCCAGCCUCACCACACACACCGCCAAGACCCGUCUCGUGGAGGUCAUGAUUUUUGUGUUGAAGUGUGACAGAAACACAAUGUUGUUAAAAAUAAAGUGCAGAGGAUCAAUUUCUGACACUUGAAUCAGUAAGUGGUGAUGUACAGGUGUCAAUAUACCAGCCACACCCUAUCGACGGCUGAUGGACUGAAGACAGUUUAACAUCAGCCACGUCUUAUCAGAGUUUGGUGGAGGGUGUAGAGGUGUCAACAGAAUACCACGUGUGUGAUGGCCCUAUAGAUCUUAAAAUAAAAACACUAAUUUAAAUACAUUACUUAUCAGGAAACCAUAUUACUAAGUUUGAUCAUAUUCUGAUGCAUUCUUCUUUAGGCUUGGAACAGCUGGGUAACUUACAAGUUUUCAUCUCAUAUUAAAGUUCUGUAUAUAAAUACAAGUUGAAUGACAGUGUAAGAAUAAUGUAUAUAUAUAUA